GGUAGAUCUACAUUAUGUGCGCUGCUUCUAAUCACGCGACAGUGUACGUGGAUGGAUGCUAUAAAGAAAACGGCCAAGCGGGUUGCGGCGUGUUUUGGGGCAAGGAUGACAAGAGGAAUCAGGCUAUCAAACUUCAAAUGCCUCAGACAAAUCACACAGCUGAGAUAGCGGGUGCCGUGGAAGCAAUGAAACAAGCAUUAGAUUCCGGGAUCAACUACUUAACCAUCGUCACGGACUCUGAUGCAACAAUUGAGUAUUGGACCGGAGAUCGGGACGUACCGAAAGAAGGAGACGAACCCCUUCGGCAUUGGGUUACGAAGAUGCGAGCUUUUAAGCAAAAACCGUUAAGUGUGACUUGGGGUCGAGUUGAGGGUCAUUCGGGCCACGAAGGAAACGAACAGGCUAAUCGGUUGGCCAGAAAAGGAGCUGGCUUGGCAUAGAGUUUGUAACUUGUAUCGAUACAAUUUAAUAAAAUUUUUAUCUCUGCUU